AUUCUUGUCUGUGUUUUUGACUAGCACGCCUACUUUCAACCAUGUUUGAAGACGUCGCUCUCCGUUGUCUGCGGAUUCAAGAGGUACUUGAGAUUGUCAUGGGCGACCUCCACGAAGGCCGCAAUGGAAGGGCAUCGGUGGCCAGGAUGGCCAGGACAUGCAAGACAUUUCACUUUGUGGCCGUGGCCGUCUUGUGGCAACACAUAGGAGGACUGGUCCCGCUGAUGUCUACAAUCCCGGGCCACGUCUGGGAAAAGGAUCAAAGGAGACGCGAGCUUUUAUGGGAGCAGCCAAAUACCAACCGUCUCGACGUCAGUCGCCUGGCGUUUUAUGCCUCCCAUAUCAAGUGCUUCACUUGGAAGUUUGACCGCACUGUGAAUAUCUACAGCGCCGGGAAAUUUCUGCGGGGCAUCCCUCAAUCCAUGGUUCUGUUCCCUGCGGUACACACGAUCUGGUUUCAAGACGACAAGGAGUGGUUUGGACUGCUCGUCCACAGCCACAUCUUCGCGGGCCCUGCGGUAGAAGAGCUGUAUAUCAACGCAUGCGCGUACGACGCCGAACCCCUAUUCCAACGAGCCAACCGUCUCUUCCCUCGACUCAGCCGUCUGCACUUGACCGGGCCUUCGAGCAGCGCAAAGUGGCCGCCACCCACGUUGACGGAGGACACUGUACGGCCUUUAGCGACCACCCAUAUAUCCCACUUCGACGCGAACGACCAACUGUCCCUGAGUGGCCUAAUCGUUCUCGGUGGGAUCCCGACCCUGGAGCACGUUGUCGUGCGGCUCGAUCCCAAACGCUGUGGAUCUUCGUUUACUGCCCCUCUGGCAGACGGACACUGCUUUCCCGCAUUGAAGACCUUGCAGCUGCACACGGGCCUGAUCAACGAGAUCACUCUCGCCUUGGUCGAGGCCAUCUCGUCGCCUUCUCUGCAGCGGUUCGAGCUUACGGUCAAAGCGCGUGUUUACCGCCACCUGGGCGAAGAAGUACUCUUCGCCCAUCUCGAGGCGUUGAGCCGGGCACCAUUCAGGACUGCCCUACGGGAUCUCAAGCUUUACCUCGCCCACAAGGAAUCUCUGGAGCCCAAUUUCACGGUCGGUAUACAGAUCUUGCGACCCUUGCUGGGCCGCUUGAACGGCCUCGUCUCCCUUCAAAUAUUUUCGGAUAUGAUUGUGCUGGAUAACGCCACCUGCCAGGGCAUCGCCGAGGCAUUUCCGCUACUCAAGCUAUUGACGCUGACGUAUGAAGGAGUCGGCUCUUACGCAGGACAAGUGCAUACGGGAGGGGAUCAACUUGAAGCUCAGCGUGCGGCAUCUCUCGAAGGGCUGGCGUUCAUUGUUAAACAUUGCCGCCAAUUGACCGACCUCAGGAUACCUGUUCAAAUCUUAUGCGGCAAAAUUCCUGCGUUCCCCAGCGCAGAAGAAGUGUCGACGACCAUCGAACGCGGCGCCUUGACUUUGAGGGUUGCCCCCUUUACUUGGGAACGUGUCAAGCAGUACUUGGACGUGUUGCUCCCUCCGUGGCAAACUAUGGCCAAUGUGUCUUUCACGUAG